AUGUUUCUAUACUCGUUAUUCCUUGCUGCAAGCCUGAUGAGGCCAGUAUCUGCAUCUUGGUGUGUAGCUGAAGAUCCUUCUUCUGAUGUCUUGUCUACGAUACGCGCAUUAAGAGAUGCCGAAAGAGAUAACUCUUUUACUCUUGUCCGUCGGCAAGACUCUCCCAUCGACAUUCCCGUAUACAUGCACGCAGUUGUCAACACCACGAAUGAAGACACAGUUCUGGGCGACGACAUACUCGAGACACAACUCGCUGUAAUAUCGGAUCGUUUCGCUCCCCAUGAAAUCUCUUUCACCCUAAAAGGUAUCGAUCGAUUGGUGGACGAUGAUCUAUCAAGAGGCUACACCAGCCUGGCCUGGAGCGGCCAUCUAGUCUCGUCAAGGAAAGGCGACUACGCGACUCUCAACCUCUGGUACGUUACUAACAUGGAUCCUUCCAUCGGAGGCGGAUGUUCCAUUCCCAAUGCAAACACUCCGCCUGGUUCCAUCCUCGCACGACUAGAUGGCUGCACCCUUCAAGGUUACUCUGUGCCCGGGGGCAGGUUUAACGGGACAACAUACCUUGGCGAAAUCUCUGUCCAUGAGAUUGGCCAUUGGCUCGGACUACUACACACCUUUGACGGCGAGUCAUGCACUGGAAAUGGUGAUUACAUCGACGAUACACCGGCUGAAAAGUCUUAUGAAUUCAUGGCCUGUCCAAUUAGAAAAGACACUUGCCCUGAUCAACCAGGAUUGGACCCAAUUGACAACUUUAUGGAUUAUUCGGGCGACGGAUGUUGGAACAAGUUUACUCCAGGCCAGAAGGUUAGGAUGUACAACAGUUGGUUCACUCUCAGACUGGGCAAGUAA